UUCUAUUUCGCUCUUUUACAGGGACACAGUGUGUCUUUCUAAAAGAAAUAUUCAGCAAACAAAACAAAAAAAAGAGAAAAGGGAAUCCAACAAGACUUUGAUUUUUUGAUCCAACAUUAGAAAGGAGAAAAUAAUUAAUAAGUCAACGGAAGGAAAUAAAAUAAGGGCGAAAACGAAAAAUGUCUCAGACUAAGGCGGGAAUAUGGAGCCAGGGGCUGAUGUGGCUGUUGGUUGCGGUGUUGGGGAUGGCGGCGUCCCGGGCCAACUUCGGGGCCGCCGCCGCCGCCGCAGCGGCGCCACCUCGUGACGGCGGCUGGCCAGAAGCUCGUCGCGCCUUCUUGGAAUACCUGGGCCAGGGCGGGGAUCCCUGGGAGAUCCCUGAGGCCCCGAGGAUCGUGCUCAUCUCUGAGCUGGGUGCUGAAGGCGGUGGUGUUGGCGGCACUAGUGGCGGCAUCGGCGGCGGCGGCGGUGUUGGUCAGUUGCCUGCAGGCGAAGACGACGAGUCCCUGCUGAUGAACAAACCUGAUGAUGACCUCGCCCAGAGCAAGAGGAAGCGCGAAUCUGACGCAGGCCCUUCCCUGUCCGUCGUCAACCAUCUGGACGUGCUCCGCCAAAAACUCCUGCUCGAAAUGGCACGACGCCGCAUGCAAAAGUCCCAGUCACAAAUCAUCGCCAACCAGAAUCUCCUUCGUCAGAUCGGGAAGCGCUCGGUGGAUGAGCCCCAAGAACGCCGCCAUCUUUGAUCAGCCAUCCCCUUCGUCGCCAUCUUCUUCUUUUCCGCUUCUCCUCCUCUAUUGUCACACCUGUGAAAUGCCGCGUCGGUGGGCUUUUGUCUCGCAGGAUUUUUCCCCGGCACCCUCGAUUUCUGUAGAUCCGGGUUUUUCUCAUUGAUGUGGAAGAAAUUCCGCGUUCAAAAUUAAAAAAAAAAAGAAGGUUCGUUGACACAGGAAAAAAAAAACCGAAGCUUAACUUUUUAAAAUCUGCACUUAUUCAGAAAGCGAAAAAUCUUGAAUCCCCACCCCUUCUUUUUUUUUUUUUUCCUGCUGCUGCUGUUGUGUGCUGGGAAGAAAAGAGCGCAAGAAGAGCAAGAACAAAGAGCCGGACGUGAGAAUUAAAAUGCAAAUGUCGCCUCAUCUCAUGAUGAUGAUGACGAUGACGUCGUCUCCGUGCCCCGGAU